UUCCUAGGUCCAAGAUAAACCCCUUCGGCCAAAACAAUCAUGUAUAAACAGUUCCAUAUCUUAAGUUUUGCCGUUUUGGUAAAGUGGUAAGAUGAGGAGCACAAGUUCCCAGACAAUUGACUCAACUCCAAUGGCUCAUCCACAACAAGAAGAAGAAGAACUGGGCAAACAAGCCAUACGUUUAGCCAAUGUCGUGAUCCUUCCGAUGGUUCUGAAGUCAGCUCUUGAACUCAACGUCAUAGACAUUAUCUGGGGUGCAGGCGACGGCGAGUCACUCUCACCGUCCGACAUUGCGGCUCAGCUCCCCACCAAGAACUCCAACGCCCCGGCUGUUCUGGACCGGAUGCUUAGGCUCUUGGCCAGCCACUCUAUACUCAAAUGCUCGGCCCGGACCGGAUCAGAUGGGCAGGUAGAGAGGUUAUAUAGUGCAGGACCCAUAUGCAAAUUCCUUGUCAGGGAUCAAAAUGGAGGAACCGGGUCCGUUGGUCCUCUGUUUCUCUUGCACCAUGAUAAGGUUUUCAUGGAAAGCUGGUUCCAUUUGAAUGAUGCUAUAUUGGAAGGGGGAAUUCCUUUUAAUAGGGCCUAUGGUAUGACAGCAUUUGAGUACCCAGAAACAGAUGAGAGGUUCAAUCGGGUAUUCAACCAGGCCAUGUCAAACCACACCACAUUGAUCUUGAAGAAGAUACUCGAUGUUUAUCGAGGGUUUGAGGGGAUCAAUGUGCUGGUUGAUGUGGGAGGUGGAAUUGGUGUUACUCUUAAUCUCAUCACCAACAAGUACCCCCACAUUAAGGGCAUCAAUUUUGAUUUGCCACACGUCCUAGCUGAUGCUCCUUCUUAUCCAGGUGUGGAGCAUGUUGGGGGGGACAUGUUUAAAAGUGUCCCACAAGGAGAUGCUAUAUUCAUGAAGUGGAUUCUUCAUGAUUGGAGUGAUGAACAUUGUUUGACACUUCUCAAGAACUGUUGUAAAUCUCUCCUUAGCUCUGGAAAAGUGAUCUUUGUGGAAUCAAUUCUUCCGGAAGUUCCUGAUAGUAGCGUUACAUCCAACAUUGUCUGCGAGCAGGAUUUACUAAUGUUUACUCAGAACCCAGGAGGGAAAGAGAGGACCAAAAAAGAGUACGAGGCAUUGGCACUUAAAUCUGGAUUUUCUCGAUUGGAAGUUGUUUGCUCUGCUUACAACAGCUGGGUCAUGGAGUUCCACAAAUGAGCAAAUCCUUGCAUCGGUGCAGUCCAAGAACGUGCUUGUUAUGUAAUAAUUGUAGGCUAUAACAAUGGUCUAAAUAACUUGGGGCAUCAAGAGUCCUCUUUUGCGCUGUUGAGUUCUAAUUUCUGUGUGUUCAGAUGUAGGCCAAGUUCAUUACCUGCUUUGGUUAUGGAUGUGGCUGUAUUACUUUGGUUGUAUUGAGCUUUUAUGCGUCUGUUUCUCCUUGUUUGAUUUCAA